AAAUGAGUAAAGACUUACACAGUCAAUUACUCCACACCAGGAGAAAAGAUGAGAUAAAGACAUGGAUGAGCUGCACCUCUUAUGAACUACCAUUUCUCUUGUGGCCUCCGAGGUUGAUCGCUCUGUAAUCUCGCCAGAUUUGAUAACCUCCAUCAAUUCAAUGGAUUGUUUCAAUUACUAUCCAUAUUUUCCUCACUUGUUUGUUAAAAUUUCAUAGUAGCACCCUUGGCAAACGUAAAGCUAGCUAUGACUAUUGAAGAAAAAUCAAGCAAGUAUAUAUAGCUGAAUCUUCUUGUUGGAUUGUGUCAACUUGGGAGAAUGAUUCUCAAGUGUUUGGGUUUUCGCCGUUCAAAGAAGAACUCAAGUUCAACUAAGAGGCCCUACCCAACAGUGAUAGAAGAGUUAUCCCAUCCAUUUUCUCUGGAAGAUAUUAGGAAAUCAACCAAUAACUUUGAUGAAGUAAUUGGUGUAGGAGGCUAUGGUAAAGUAUAUCAAGGCAAAGCUCGUCUUCUCCAACUUGAUCAUGUUGCUACUACUACUGCACUUGUAGCGGUGAAGCGAAUAAAUGUAUCUUAUAAUACAUAUGCAUUGAGAGAGUUCCAAAAGGAAGUUGAGUUGCUCUGCCAGUUUCGUCACCCUAAUUUGGUCUCUCUUAUUGGAUUCUGCAUCCACAAAGAUGAAAGAUUUAUUGUUUACCCGUACAUGUCCAAUGGUUCCCUUGCUGAUUGUUUAUUCAAGAGGGAUCAAAGGGAACCACUCUCAUGGAAGAAGAGGCUAGAGAUAUGCAUUGGAGUGGCGCGUGCGGUGCACUACCUUCACACUGGACUCAAACGCAUCAUCAUUCACCGUGACAUCAAACCCUCUAACAUUCUCUUGGAUGAGAAUAUGGUACCCAAGCUCUAUGAUUUCGGGAUUUCCUUACAAGGAUCGUUGUUCUCGGCAAAGCCACAACCAAUUGAAGGAAAACGCGUUGUUGGUACACUUGGUUACAUGGCCCCCGAGAAUAUCAGGGAUGGCAUCUUGACAGAUAAAUGUGAUGUUUAUUCAUUUGGCAUUGUUCUAUUAGAAGUGAUAUGUGCAAAUCCAAUUUAUACAAUUAAAAAGGAGAUGCAUGAGACAAAUGAAGAAAUAUUGAUCAGGCUCCAAGCUGAGGAUAUUGAUCCGGCUCUUGCUGGAAAUAUUGCACCAGUGUGUUAUGAAGUAUACAUAGAUAUCAUUCGCAGGUGCUUAAAGCUUGAAGCAAAUGAGCGACCAACAAUGGGCGAAGUGGAGAUGCUACUUGAGCAUGCUCUGACUUUACAACAGGAAGCCGAAGCCACAGAUACUAGUGAUGAUUAUCUCUGAUUCUUCACUAGCAUUAUCAAACCAUAACGAUGAGAAGCGUCAAUUUCAGUCUUGAGUAUGUUAAUUUGGUGAGUCUUGGAUGGAUUAAACAUCAUGCACUGAUCGCUGAUGGGGUUAAUCUUCGUUUGUCUCAAUUAUACACAACUAUAAACUUGCUCUUGUUUUUGUUCUGUUGGCAAAAUUCAUUAAUCGUGUAUUUUGGUCUA